AUGGCGCAAGACCCAAGUGACGGGAUCGAUCAGGAGCUGCUCAGCCAUGCUCACCUCAUCUCCGCCAAUCACUACGCCGACCAGGCACGCGUCGAUCUAAAUCAAGUAACGAAAUGGUUGAUGGCGGCACCCCAAGUCGCGAAGGACAAAGCUCCCUUCUUCUGGACCUACCUCGAUCGACCCCGCGACGGCCAGGUCUACCUCACAUGGCAACCUCUCAAGAGGCUCGGAACGAAUUUCGCCAGCGACGGAAUGAUCUGCGGCCCCGAGCAGUACCAUAGACAGGAUGUUGGAAAUGGAUUGUCUCUCGAAAUCCACUACGUGAAGUCGGGAUUCAUCCCUGGUGAGCAAGUCGCCAUGCAUGCUCGACGCAGAUUCCGCCUCGUCCCCUCGCAGACCGGUGUAAUGAACGCGCCUCAGCCAGAUAUCAGUCUCUGGAUCGUCCAUUAUGGACCUUCUGACCCGCCCGACCGCGUUCCCGUCAACCUAAUCCCCGUAUCCCAAGAAACUCAGCACACCAUGGCGACUCGCAACCACCUCCAGAAGUGUGGUCAGAUAGCCCGAAAGGACUUUAUGCUUUCCGAUCGCGCUAGCUGGCCCUCAAUCCAAUUCCCGCGUAACGGCGGCCGGCCCCAGAUGUACAACCCGCCAGCGCAGUCGCGGCGCGUGCCGCAGCAGAUGGCUUAUCCUCCUACAGGGCCCCAGGGCCGUCGUGGCCGCCAGCAAGCGCAGGCGCAGGCUCAAGCCCAACAGCAACAGCAAGCUUUAGCCCAUGCCGAGGCUCUGCACGACGACGAAGAAUUAGAGAAGGAUCUCUUUGACCAUCUCACCCCUAGAGACAUUUCAUUCGCGCGGUAUCAGCAAAACCACGAGUGGAUGGAGGAGAUUGUGUCUUCGCCCUACGGCCUCAGCCAGAUUGCACCUCCCGACCUCGGACUUGGUCUCAAGGGAGAGCUGGCAUCUCUGACUGACGGUAUUUUCUCGGCGCAAAGUGCAAACGCCCUUACGGAGCCACCACAGAAGCCAUACAUUGGACGGCUAGAACCCGGCCUGGCUGAUGAGUUCAGGAAAAGAGUCCAGGAGCAUCUUGACGCAACAAAGGCUGAGAUGGAGAAGAUGAAGGCAGAGCAUGCCAAGAACCUGGCAAGCCUCAAGGCGAGCUCGAUAUUUGUUGAUGCGGAGAAGGACGUCAAAAAGUCUGUUCAGGAGCGUGGGCCAGAGCCGUGGCGCCUGGAGGGCUAUUCCACUGAUGCGGACGAUAACUCCGGGCCUUGGUCACAGAAGCAUAACAAGAAGGUGGAUGAGAUUGUGGCUCAGGUUGAGGCCAACCUGGGUCGACACAUUGAGGUGCUCCACAACGUACAUCGCAUACAAGAUGGCGGCUUCCAGGAACCCGCCCCUGAACCUGUCAAAGAGCCUUCACCGAUCCCGCCACCGGGGAGCUCUCCACCGGCAGCGGCAGCGGGUGCUGAUGCGAAUGCCUCGGGGUCACGGCGGCCGUCUCAGGCUGGCUCUAACCACAGUGGCGUGAUGGUGGGCGACUCGGAUAUCGACAUGGGAGGCACUGCAGCAGGACUCCUUGACGAGAUGCAUACUGGGUUCUCUGCCAACUCUACUCCGUUGAAUAACUUCCCUACACCGCAAACACACAUGUCCGCGUUGAAUUCAAACGCAGGAACUCCAGCCAACGCAAACGCGCCGUCGCCCGCACCAGUUCCUCCCACUAUCCCGGAAGAGACCGAGGCGCAGACUUCCACCGGCGUUCCUCCUGCCACAGGAGAGGAUAUCACGAUGGGCAACACAGAGUCUUCCAAGGACACUUCUGCCACGGCGCCUGAUCAAGGGACCGGCAGUGGUGAAUGGGUCGUCGUGCCUAAGGGGGGAACGACGCCCGAUCCCGCCUCCGCCGCUACUGCAACUGAGGGCGAGGCUGCCAAGCCAGCGGCCAAGGCCCCGUCCGCUGCCGGAACGCCAGCAGACACUCAGACCCCCGGCGGCUUCAGCUCGUUGGGUGACCUGGACUCGGCCGGCGAUGCAAUGGCCAGUUACGGCGCGUCCAUGGGUGAUGGCCUGGAUAUGAACAUGGAGAUGGAGGACUCUGCGUUCGGUGAUGCGUUCCACGGUGUGUCGAGCACCAAUACGCCUGGGAACCAAUCUGAGGGCGGGGCUUAG